AUCGGCCUCCAUUUUAACUCCGACACCGAGCCGCACCUCACGUGUCCUGGGCUGUCUCUCUCACAUGACCCGAGUGUUUGUUCCCGUGAUCAGCACUUCCAUCUCCGCCUGUGACACCGAAUAUCACUUUUUAUUCUAACACUGAUGGAUAUGCUUGAACCGAGUCUGGACAACGCAAGCCAAGAAAAGCCAGGAGAAGAAGUUGUCCAGACAUCUGAAGACGGAACAGGAGAGGAGCACACAGCUGUCACCAUCGCCAGCGUGCAGCAGGCUGCUGCGUUUGGAGACCACAACAUACAGUAUCAGUUCCGCACUGAGGGCGGUCAGGUGACAUAUCGUGUUGUUCAGGUGACUGACCAGCAGCUCGAAACAAGAGAUGAUGGAGGAGGAGCAGUGAGCGUUGUCUCUACAGCCGCCUUCACUGGGGCUCCUCAGGCUGUCGCUCAGGCAGUGAUCCAAAACCCUUUCAGUAAUGGAGGAAGCCCAGCAGGAGAGGCGGUGGGAGGGGAGACCCGCUUUGCUUACUUCCCCGCAACCGCAGUGAGCGACGGGACUGUGUCUGUGCAGGCCGCCGCGGACCCCACACUCACACAGGCAGGGGGUCAGUUUUAUGUGAUGAUGACCCCCCCGGAUGUCAUUCAGACUGGCACACAGCGGACCAUUGCCCCACGCACACAGCCCUACCCUGCAGAUGAAAACGAGCUGCUGCAGCAGGAAGGUUUAAACUGGAAAAUGGAUGGACCGCGAACGCCAAGAGAUGAAAGGAGGAGAGCGCAGCAUAAUGAAGUUGAAAGGAGGCGAAGAGACAAAAUCAAUAACUGGAUUGUCACGCUUUCCAAGAUCAUCCCAGACUGCAAUAUUGACAGCACCAAGACCGGAGCUAGCAAAGGAGGCAUCCUGUCUAAAGCUUGUGACUACAUCCGCGAGCUGAGGCAAAGCAACCAGCGACUGCAGGAGAGUCUGAAGGAAGUGGAGAGGAUACAAGUGGACAACGAGCUGUGCAGGCAGCAGAUUGAAGAGCUGAAGAAUGAGAAUGCUUUGCUGCGAGCGCAACUCCAGCAGCACGGCAUCGAGAUGGUUGGAGAGACGCCGCCGCAGUGAAUCAGAGACAAACAUAAAGAACAGGGAGGGGCACAGCCGCUCAGAGAUAGGCAUGACGGUGGUGGAAAAGAAGGCGAGAUGAUGGAGAAAGAAGGACACAGACUUUCUUUGUAGUGAACGCAUCCUUCCCCGAGUUCCCAGGUCACGGCUCCUUAACUAGCCCGGUGUGGCUGUACUUGACUGUUCCAACCCUUUUGAGAUUACCACCUUCAGCAGAAAUAUGCCGACUCACCUCCAUCGGAGAGUGCUGCUUCACUAGCACAAGCUAUGAAAAAAAGAGCCUCUGCUGAACUGUGUUUUGUAUUUAUGUAGCCUCACUCAUGGACUAUGAUGUUUGUCAUUUAAUUUGAUCCCUGUCUGUUCUCUUUCCCUCAGAGUUAUUCAUUUUGACUUAGUUUUUGCUUUUAUUCUGUUUGUUUCUGAUGUUUUGGGGUUUCUGUAUUAUGUUGUUUUUAGAUGCUUUAAUUUAUUAGUCCGCUUGCUGACAGAAGCCUCGAUGGAGACCAGUUACAUUGCAGCUCAUUCACCCAAGAGAAGCCGGUUGAAUUUUUAAGCGAGAAAUCAUCAAAAUUAUGCAAAACAUAACGUUUCUGCAGACAGAAAUAAUGUGACACACACAUCUGGACCAGAGGACGAACAAGCCACGGCUCUGUGCUGAUUUAUGUAAAUAUGACGUCUCAUGUUCUAAUACAGAUGUUACAGAGUAUUAGAGCAGAUUAUCUCUGGGAGCAAACAAUCAAUAACUCAUUAACUUCAUGCAGGCCCUCUGUUAUAAUAAUGAUGUGUGCAAUCUUUAAGCUUGAGAUGAAAAAAAGUGAGUGGUGUACUUGAAUUGUUGGGCAUCAAUGUCAACAGAAUCACUUAUAAAAGAUCCAGCUCUUUACAUUGCAAGUUUGGAGCAUGCAGGUAAUUGAUUACCCAGCAUGCCUCGAGAGGAAGGCGUUGUAAAUUCCAACUCUUGCACAAACUUCAUCCAUGUGUUGCGGUUUUUCCUCCAUCUUUUGUUCACGUGUGAUUUACCGGCAUCUCAGUGCGUAUACGAACAAUCCCCACAUGUUCCUUUUCAAGCUGUUUGCUCUAUUUUGGUAUUGCAACACUUCAAAUGGAGCUCAACGCACAAGAGGAUGAGGGGGGGGGGGGGGGAGGGGAGGAGGAGGAGGCACCCUGGAGAGUGGUACUCAAAGACUCUCUGCUCACUGUGGAAAAGGAGUACACACAAAUUCUGUCGCACUUCUUAGCCGAGCACGACUCGCUCUCCGGGUACGAGAGGAAAUAGUUUGAAAGCAGGAACAACUCGCAUACUUCUCCACCCACUCAGGCGAACAAUAAGUAAACUGUAAUUGGUUGUACAAACAGCGGAAGCCAAUAUUAAUAUUGUUGAUGGUUUUGUGAAUGAAUAUACAUGAUGUGUUUUUGUUCCGCUCCGGGCGAUGAGAGUGAAAUUGGAUGAGAGAGAUCUCAAGAUUCAGAGCCACUUAUCGGAGCACCGUUUCUUCUUUCUGUGUCAACAGCUCAGGAUCCAGCAAAGCAAAACCAACUCUCAGACCCCUGGCAAAAUUUAGAUGAUCUCAUUUGAAUAUCUCAGACAGUGCAAGUUAACAGCUUGUGCUUUAGAAGUGCUGUUCUGCUACCACUGCUGGACUCAAACCUGUUAGGAAAAGUUUAAGUGUCUGAUCCAUCAAACGCGGCUCUCAGCCAAAGUUGAAUGAUAGAUGUUUUGCAGGAGACAUUUUUUAACACCUCGGUGAGAGGAGAGCAGAGAAAUGUGAAGGCAUGAAUAAUGCUUGGGAAGAUGGAUGUUCACAAAUGAAAGGUCACUUGUGGCUAAUUCUUUUUUUUUUUCUUUCGUUUCUUUUUUUGAAAUGGCAAAAGGAAGAAAAAAAGACUCCCUUUUCUCUCUGUAGCAGCUGCAAUGUUCUCAGGUUAGAUUGUAAGACAUCUUUUAUAAGUAAAAAAAAAAAAAAAAAGUGGAAAAUAAAACUUUCACUUGCUAAU